AUGGAUCAUUCAUCAAAAUGUCGUGAUAAUGUUGAUGAAGAAGAAUAUAUGAGAAGUUUUUAUCAUACUGCUUAUGGCCGAUAUUCAGCAUGUCAACGAAAAGUUUACUUGCAACAUUUAAGAGAACAACAUAAAAUUAAAAUCAGACCUCUCAUUUUUGAUAUUUUUAUUGAUCGGGCAAAUCGAAUUCGUGCACGAUUUGGAACAAUGUCCGUUGAUGGAACUACGCAACUAGCAUAA